UCUCUCUUGACAGUUCAGGGCCUAAACCUGUUAUACAGUCCGCGCAGUCCGCGCGGAAGUCUUCAUCGGUCCAGUGCGGAGAUUCCUGUGAAUUGGGGCAUUCAAAAGAUUGUCCCGUUUCGGAUGCUCCUGAUUAUUUUUACCUUCUUUAGGAUCUCCUCUUCCAGAUGGAGCUCAGCAUCGCCUAGAAAUGUUUCAUUGCGAGGGUGACGGCAAGGAUGGCACUGACUGGGCUCCACAAUUUGGCUGACAGAGUUCUCGGGAUUGGCGAAUGAUACGUAACGAUGUUUUUCGAGCGCAGGGAUGCAUGCUUCGAGGGUGAACCAUGCGUAUGUUUCUGGAUCGGCGAGAAACGACGGUGAAUAGUCGCCUUUAUAUCGCAUUUUCGGGCACGAGUGGAUAUAGAAGCCUGCGGGUGGGUUCACAUUUUUC